GGUACAAUAUGUGUCGUUUACCCAUUUUAGUGCUUCUCCUAUUUGCGCUGGUUCUGGAUAGCACCGGAGAAACGCAUUUGAAUGAAAUUGUUGUUAGGAUUGUUGGAGGACCGAAGUUUGCCCAAAGCUUAGCGAAGGAGUUAGGAUAUCUCUAUAAGGGAAUGGUAAAAGGCUUUCAAGACACGUACAUUUUUGUGCCUAGUCCUCUCAUACUCCCAUCCUUUACAAAACGAGGAAUCGAAUUUACGAAAAGGCUGAAUCGGGACGAGAGAGUCUUAUGGUACGAAACGCAAAAACCAAAAGUUCGCCAGAAACGCGACUAUGGCUUCAAAACACCCCACCGGUUUCACAAAGGACGCCCGUUUACGCUUGACAACACUUUCAACGAUGAACUAUGGCCCCAUCAGUGGUACAUGCGAGAUACGAGAUUGUACCCCAGUUUGCCCAAGUUGGAUUUGAACGUGCUUCCAGUUUACAAGGCGGGAAUAACAGGAAAAGGUGUAAGAAUCAGUAUAUUGGACGACGGAAUCGAGUACACGCACGAUGACAUCAGUGAUAACUACGAUUCAGAAAUAAGUUACGAUUGUAAUGAAGAGGAUUAUGACCCUCUACCACGUUAUGACUCCAAAAAACGUAACAGUCAUGGAACCAGGUGCGCAGGUGAAGUGGCUAUGGUUGCCAAUAAUAACAAAUGUGGAAUUGGAAUCGCUUUCAACGCGAAAGUUGGUGGGGUGAAACUGUUAGAUGGAGUUGUGAAUGACAGAAUUGAGGGCACUGCUUUGGGAUUUGCGCAUCAUUUGGUUGAUAUUUAUAGUGCAUCUUGGGGUCCAAAUGAUGAUGGUAAAACUGUUGAUGGACCUGGCACUUUGGCACAGGAAGCCUUAAAAAGGGGGACUGACGAGGGUCGUGGGGGCAAAGGUUGCGUAUACGUGUGGGCAUCGGGUAACGGGGGUGACAGAGGCGACAAUUGCAACUGCGACGGUUACUUAGCAAGCCCUUACACCAUAACCAUAGGAAGCGCAUCACAAAGAGGAGAAUUUCCAUGGUAUGGAGAACCGUGUGCGUCGAUACUCGCUGUGACUUACUCCUCAGGAGCGUACAAAGACCAAAUGAUUGCAACGACUGAUUUAUACAAUCAGUGCACCAUCAAGCAUACUGGCACAUCGGCUUCCGCGCCAUUGGCAGCCGGUAUUAUAGCUUUAGCGCUGGAAGCUAACCCAAGCUUAAGUUGGAGGGAUGUACAACAUUUAAUUGUUUGGAGUUCGGAGGUAUCACCAGUUGCGGAUAAUCCAGGUUGGCAAAAAAAUGCCGCGGGCUUGUGGUUUAAUACUCGUUUCGGUUAUGGUCUUAUGAAUGCAUUUGGGCUGGUGAAUCUAGCCACGAAUUGGACGACGGUUUCACCUAAAGCAGUUCUCAUCGUUCCAUCAGCGACGAAGAACUUUAAAAUUGGAUACGGUAACACAGUAGAGGUUCAACUAAUCUCGAAGGCGCAAAGAGUCGUUGCUUCUUUGGAGCACGUUGAAGUUGUAGCGCAUGUUACUUACCCAAAGCGGGGCGCUUUGGAAAUGUUUCUGACGUCACCGGCCGGUACACGUGUGCAAAUUUUAAACGCAAGAGAAUACGAUACAUCAUCCAAAGGAUUUCAAAAUUGGACAUUUAUGUCAGUUGCAACUUGGGGCGAGCGGCCUGAUGGCCCAUGGACGGUUACUGUGCAAGACCAGGUGGGACCUACAACUAACGAGGGAUUUGUGGAAAGUAUAACGCUUAAAUUACAUGGCACUCCUGAGAUACCUGUUCAUAUGCAGAAUGGUGAGAGGAUAUACGAUCAUAACUACAAUCGAUUGCGAAAAUCCUUUGAAAACUUGUUAAACAAAGAAGAUGAAAGAAAUGGCAAUACAUUGAGUUUGAUUUAAAUACCUAUACGGAUACUUUAUU